GAGAGUGGUGUCAUUAAAUCAAUAGGAGUUUCCAACUAUGAGGUAUAUCAUCUGGCGGAAUUACUUGAGUAUGCAAAGCACAGACCCGCGGUGAAUCAGUUUGAGUUUCAUCCGUAUUUCACACGUCCAACUCUUAUCCAAUACUGCCUGCAAAAUGGGAUUUCUGUGCAGGCGUUCUCUUCACUGGUGCGAGGAAACAAAGAGAUUCUGGAUGAGCCGGCUGUAAACAAUUGGCUGGAAAGUUUGACGUUUCCUCGCAGACAAUUUUAUACGCAUUCGCCGUGUGCUCUGGAGUUGGCAUCAUUCCCAGAUCUAUAA